GACUGCUUCUGCCUCCUGUCCUUGGGAAAGAAAAAGAGAAACACCUUGUUGGGGUGCUAGAGAGGCGCCGCCCAUUAUUUCCGGUAUUGAGGCGAGAGAGGCGGAGUUCGGCGCGGUGGCUUGAAAAAAAAUGGCGGCACUCCCGGUUGAAGAGAGCUCUCAGUCGGUGGUAGCAUCCCUUGACAGUCCAGGGCCUGGUAACCAGGAAGGGCCGGGUGCAGAGGACCUGCCCAUGGUGUUCCUGUGCGCCGGAUGUAAACGGCCUGUAGGAGACACGCUCAGCUGGGAGACUAACGACGAGGAUACCAACUGCAUCCUGCUCAAGAGUGUUACACUCAAUGUCUCAGUAGACAAAGAGCAAAAACUUUCAAGCCAGGCAGGUGAAUAUGGCUGCAUGCUUGAAACCUUGUUUUGCUCUGGCUGCAACAUGAACCUUGGAAACAUUUAUAGAUGUACCCCAAGACAUCUUGACUAUAAACGAGAUUUGUUUUGCUUAAACAUAGACUCCCUAGAAAGUUACACCCUAGGGUCAUCAGACCAGAAAGCUGACAUUGAUGAGGAACCUCUCACGCUUGAAAGUCGAGCUAGUUUAGAAGAAUCAUUAGGAAGGGCAGAAACAAUACUAAAAACAUUGGAACAACGGUUAUCUGUAGUGGAAUCAAGUUUUGCAUCUCUUCACAAUAUUGGCUGAAAAAAUAUGAUUAUUGCUAACAUUAAUAUUGUUGCAUAAUUGUAUUAUUUACUCUUGUAAAAUUGUGAGAUUACAACAAGAGUCCAGUUGCAAAUUAUAAAACUUUACUCAGUCUUCUGGUUAAGAAUACAGGCACCCGAGAAAUGAAAAAACAUCUCUGUGGAGUUGAAGAAAUUUCUAGGAAAUCUUGUAAAUAUACACGUGGGUGUUUUUAUGAUAUUUGUAAUCUCAGACAUUGUAAAUAACUGAAAUUCCAAUAAUCUUGUCUGUAUUUUUGUCCUUUCUGUUGUUUUAUAUAUCACAUACAAUUUCUGACUUUGGCUUGGCAGCUUAAGUUGGAAUGUAUUUAAUCUUUUGUGGAGAAGAUGAUGGCUUUGGAUACCAAAAAGAUUCAGGGCAUUACACUUGAAUCUUCUAUGUAUUAUAGCAGCCAUUUAAUUCUCUGCUAGUUAGAGAUACUGAUACAGUGUGUGUAAUAUACUGGCUGAGGCCACAUCCAUACAUAUUUCUUAGCUUGUGUUGUUCAAAUGAAUUUUUUGUACCGUACUUUGAAAUAUUCAAGAAUAAGUAACUGUUCCAGUAAUUCAAACUAAUAUGGCAAGAAAUUCUUAAGCUAAAAGAAAGAAUAGAAAUAAAUUGACUAUACUAGAUAUUUUAGAAAAUAAAGUAGCAAACAUUAUACAAUGUAAAGGUUUGUCAUUGUAUUUAGGAAGAAUUGUUUUCUAAUAUCAAGAAUGUUGUUUAAAAAUUAAGAUACUUGAAUACAGUGAUGUAAAUGUUUCAGUACAAAUAAGAAAUUAUAGUUGAACUGGAAUUUAAAAUUUAGUAAAGCUUUAUUGUAAGUCUUUGUGCUUAUUCAUUACUUUAUUCUGUUGAAUAGAAGCUACAUGUAGUUUGCCACAUUAAAAUGCUUUUUAUGUUCCAAAUAAAUCUAGGUGGGAUUAGUCAUCAUAGAUCUCUCAUUAUGUUGUAGCACAUUUUGUUCAUCUAAAUAGAACACAUCAUGCUGAUUUGUCCUUAUUUUUUCUUCUUUAAAAAUGGAAAAAACAACCACUAUUCAUCAAGCUAUAAUUUGAUACAUAAGGUAUUUAUGUGUGUAUGUGUAUUAUACAUGGACAUUCAGAUAUCAGUUAUUUCUAUUUGUAUAGAUAGAAUGGGAUAGGUUGAAUAAAACAGAAAAUCUGUAUAUUGACAAGAGGUUUUACACUGCUUCACUGUUUCAGUACAAAGACUAAGUAGCUAACCGUAAUAAGGUUUAAAACCAUAGAAUAUCAUACAGUAAUAAACAAUCCACUUAAUACUUCCAGAACAGGUAAAUUCACACAAAUUUUAUCUCCAAAUUCUAUAGAAAAGUCAGGAUUUAACUGUUCUUCGAAAUAUCAACAGAGAUGAAACUGUCCUGUACUCUUCAAGCAUUUUCUUUCCCACAGUGCUGAUCUGGAUCAGUAUUAAAAAAUGCAUUGUGAGGGUGUUGUUUGUUAUUUAAAAACAUGAAAUUUUAAUUAGGCUAAUAUCCCUAAUCGUUGUCAUCAUCAUUGUUAGGGGGAGCCUAAAUAGUGUCUCUAUGAACCAUAUAAGGUGAUAGCUUAUAUAAUACAUUUUAUAAAAGCAACAAAAGCUUGGUACCUUAUAAGCCUGUUACUGGCAGGGGUUUGGAAUUGCGGCAUGCUUCCCAUUCUUGUUCCACCUGUUAAAUUAGAAAUGGCUCCAUGGGAAUAAGCCUCACUGCACUGGGUAAGUCUUAAUCAUUAGCGUGUACUGGAUUGUUCUAUAAACCUAAUGAUUGGAAUAUAUCAAUUCAGUUUAAAAAUAAAUACAGAAAGGGACAUAAGUGCAUUUUUAAAUAUAUUAAUCUAAAUUCCAAGAUGUGUGGACAGAAUUCAUCAAGGAUAACCUUGAUGCAUGCAUGAAAACUUACUGAUUUUAAUUGUGGUUUUCGUGGAUUAAUAGCACAGACUUUUGGAGGGCGGGUGUGUUUUUUUGCCCUUUUGCACUGGAGAUUAACUAAAUCUGUGCCAAGUGUUAGAAUGUACUUUGCUUGUACUGUCUGUGCUGAAAGCUUUUAAAAAUUUACACAGGAGUGAUAAUACCCCAUGGGGUGAAUAUUUUUCUGUUUUUUUUUUCUAAUGUGCUAUAAUAACAGCCCUGUUACUUUUGAAAGGUUAUAAAAGAGUUUGCUACUUGUUUCCACCAUAAAGAGAAAUCAUUGUAAAAGGCUUGUUAGGAGGACCCUGGAGUGUAUUCAGAUAUCCUGCACAGAUAAAUAGAUGACAAAAUAACUGCAACAGCUAUUCUGAGAGAAUUGGAUUGACACUUUAUUAUGAAGUCCAUUCUGCUGUCUGCUUUUCUUAAUUUCCAAACAGGAUGGCAUGUUCAGGCUUCAGCCUCUUUUUGUUCAGAGGAAUAAUUGUUGAUUAACAAACUAAGCUUAUACUUUUUGUGUAAAAUUAUAAAAUUCAUAAUUGGCAAACCAAUGGGAAAGCCAUCAAUUAGAUACAUGCUUAUAAAUACUCAGAAGUACAGUUCCAGGCUCACUGUCCUGGAUAAAACAUUUUUACACCUGGCAAGUGUUGGUCAACAUAGCUCCUUAGCUGUCCUGAGAUUUUUCCACUUGAAAGGAGCCCAUUUUAUCUUUGCAGUUUGUAAGGUCUUCAUAACCAAGGCCAUCUCCCAGCUACUCUAUGGUAUCCGAGUCUCUUUUAAAAAUGUUGAUGUCCUUGAAGCUAUUCAAUCUAAGUUCCCAAGUGCUAUUCUUGCAGUCUCAAAAUGCAUUAAAAACACCACUUUGUUUAGAUAUAGAUUCUCGUGUCUGACCAUUGGAUAUAUCCUGUCAGGAUGUCCAAUUCUGCAUUUAUAUAUGUACUAUCCGCCUCCCUUGGGUCUGGAAAAUUUGUAAUAAGAAAGGAAAGAUCAACCUUGGACCAUUGUCGGUCUAGCCAUCAUCUGGCUGAAAAAUACUCUAUUUGUGCCCAGGCUCCCUGUUUGCAUUAUUAAUUUAUUAAUAUAAUUUAUAUUAAUAUAAUUUAUUAAUUAACAGAAAACCAGUGUUCUAGUAUUUGCUUGACACCAUCAUAAAAUUCAUAAAUGGUAAAUUAAUGGGACUCCAAUUGAGCAUAAAUACCUUGGAGUGCUGUUUCAUACCUCUCUACCUUAGAAUGCAUAUUUUUCCUAUCAGGCUACUGGUGCUCAGCAUAGCUCCAUAGCUAUUCAAUGUUUUUAGCUGUUUUUAUGUUUUCCCUAGUUUUGUAUGCCACCCAGAGUCCACUGGAUUUGGGUGGCCAAUAAAUUUAAAUAAAUACUUAAAUAUUCGGAGAUUUUUUUCAUUCAAAACUCAUUGUAGUCUGUAAGAUGUUCUUGGACAAGACUGUCCCUUAGCUUCUCUACCUUACUCAAAUCUGCACCCUCACCAAUUUCAAUAUUUUGAACUAAGUUUAUUAGAGCCAUUUUUCACAAAAUGUAUUAAAAAUGCCAUUUUACAUUUGGAGAUGGGUUUGGUUUCUGUGGAGGCUAGAUCUUGGUUUUUACUUGUCAACUUUUGAUUAAAGUUAAUUUUCUUCUCUAUAGGUCUGGUCCUUUUGGUCCUUAGGGACCACUUUAAAUCAAUGUGGCUUAAAAAGCUAUUGAUAAAAUCCAUUUGUUGGGUUUUUCAAUGGAGAGCCUCUGCUCUUUAGGCUUUGCAAAUGCCAGAUGCACUCACAAGCAAUGAAUCUGGGACACGGGUCUUCAAUCUAAUCUAAGCCUAGUGUCUAUUCCUAUAAUUUGGGGAAAUUCUUCCAAAAGGGUUUGCACCAGCCGCCUAUUUAUCAUCUAUCACAAUAUUGAAAUUUCGUAGGGCUUUUAUCUUAGCCAGGCUAGAUGCACUGCUCUCACCAAUCCUCUGCACACUAUAAGAAUACUCCAGUGCACCAGUGCCUAUGCCCACAUGGGGAUGGCUCAAUAGUGUCUUUGACCCAUAUGCUCCUCCGUUGUUCCCUUUAUAGGACUCUAGGAUGACUCUCAUCCGCUCCAUCCUGAAAACAUUUCCAGGCAGAGAGCACAACUUCUAUUUGUCACUCCCCCUAUCUGAUAAGAACCCAAAUAUAUCCUCCCAGGUAGCCCAGUUUUGUGCCUCUAUGUGUGCUAUUUGUCCUGUAGUUGAAGAUUUUGAUUGAUUUACUUACUUGUAUUUUAUAUUAUUUAUUAUCAUUGUACUUUUAUCCCUGUACUUUUAUGUUCUAUAUUUCAUACUUAUUCUAUGUCAUUUAUCUUAUAUUUAUACAUACUACUUGGUAGUUUAUAUAUAUAUGUGUGUGUGUGUGUGUGUAUGUGUGUUUAU